AUGGUGGCCAGCGCUCGCGUCCAGAAGCUGCUCCGGCGGUAUAGACUGGCCAUAGCCGCGGCGCUGACCAUCCUCCUUGUCCAGGGACUGGUAUUAUGGAGCCUGCGGAGCUUGGAGGAGGGCGAGACCGAGAGGAAGACUAGACGCUCCAAACUGCCUGACCACAGUAACCAGGAUCAUAAAAAAGACAGUGGCCUUUGGGAGAAGCAGAACUCUGUGCCUGGGAAGAGCAGGGGCAGAGGGAGCAGCCGGUUAGAGCGCACAGGGGGCACCGCAGCCAGCGCCCUGAGGAGGGGCACCAGCCGCAGAGUACCACGCCCGCGACAGAAGAACCCUGCGGAGCCCUACGACCCCUCCAGCAGCAAGAACUUCAGCGACACUCGCAGCGCCUCUGAGGGGGCCAGACUGCCCCUCAUACCUGGAGAGACUGGCAGUGUGGAUGGUGCUCACCAAGCUCCCAGCAGUGACUUUGUGCCAAAGUGUGACAUCACAGGCAAAGACGCUCUGUCAGCUCUCCAUCGAGCAGCAUCACAGCAGUGCAGACAGGAGAUUGCCAACCUGGUGUGUCAGCAUCAGGCUGGCCAGCUCAUGCCCCACAAACUGCCACAGUACUGCCCUAAGCUGGGAAUAUCCAACCCUGUGCAGGCUGUCGGGGAGCUGGAAAACAGCUUGUCAAAGGUGGAGAACCCUGUGAGAGUUGCAUUUGUCUUGAUGGUUCAUGGCCGUGCAGUGCGACAGCUCAAGCGGCUCAUUAAAGCCAUAUAUCACAAGGACCACUACUACUACAUCCACGUGGACAAGCGGUCUGGCUACAUGCACAGGGAGGUUUUGCAGAUUGCACAGGAGUACCCCAACAUCCGGGCCACACCAUGGCGCAUGGUCACCAUCUGGGGCGGGGCCAGUCUCCUGAAGGCUUAUCUCCGUAGCAUGCAGGACAUGCUUGCUAUGAUGGACUGGAAGUGGGACUACUUCAUUAAUCUGAGCGCCACCGAUUUCCCCACCCGAACAAACAGUGAAUUGGUUGAAUUUCUGACACAAAACCGAGACAAAAACUUCCUCAAGUCUCACGGAAGGGAGAACGCCAGAUUCAUCAAGAAGCAAGGGCUGGACCGACUGUUCCACGAAUGUGAUAACCACAUGUGGCGUCUGGGCGAGCGGCGCAUCCCAGAGGGCCUGGAGGUCUCUGGGGGGUCUGACUGGUUUGCUCUCACUCGCCGAUUUGUGGAGUACGUCAUGAGCUCCCAGGACGCCCUCGUGACAGGCCUCAAGCAGUUCUAUUCCUACGCUCUGUUGCCGGCUGAGUCCUUCUUCCACACAGUGCUGGGAAAUAGCCACAUGUGUGACUCGCUGAUCGACAAUAACCUGCGUGUCACCAACUGGAACAGGAAGCUGGGCUGCAAAUGCCAGUACAAACACAUUGUGGACUGGUGCGGCUGCUCACCCAAUGACUUCAAACCACAAGAUCUGAUCCGCAUCCAGCAAUUGGCACGUCCGACCUUUUUUGCUCGUAAGUUUGAGUCAUCCGUAAACCAGGAGGCCAUCGAAAUCCUGGACACGCACCUGUACGGGCAGUACGCUCCAGGCACUGUGGCGGUCAAGGCAUAUUGGGAGAGUCUGUUUGAGCAGUUGGACGGUGUGGGCUCCCUGAGUGACGUGGCCCUCACCGCCUACUCUGCCUUCUUCCGUCUGGCCCUGAACAACCUCAGAACUGCUCAGAACAGGGACUCUUGCAGGUUUGAGCCAGUUGGUUUCCCUGUGUCUGUCCGUGUGUACUUCCAUUAUGACCGAUUCCAAGGCUACCUGGUCCAGCAGGAGGUCCAGGCAGUCGGCUCUCUCGUCAGGGAGACACUGGAGAUGUGGGCUGUUCCACAGGCCACACUGGUCUUUGAAAAUGACCUUAAGGAGUUUGAGAAGCUCAAGAGCCUGGAAAUUGGUACAGAGUGGGAUCCAAAAGAGAGAAUAUUUCGCAACUUUGGUGGUAUCAUUGGCCCAAUGGAUGAGCCCUUAGCUGUGCAGAAAUGGGCUCGAGGGCCCAACCUCACAGCCACCAUUGUAUGGAUUGACCCUGCUCUAGUGGUGGCAGCUUCUUACGACAUCACAGUGGAUGUAGACGCAGAGUACACCCAGUACAAACCACCACUCCAGCACCCUCUCCGUCCAGGUAUUUGGACAGUCAUGGUGCUUAAGCAGUGGGAGCGUAAAGCCCAAGUCCAGUUCUUAGUGCUUCCCCUGAGCUUCAAAGACAAAGAGCCACUGCGCAAAGGAGAGGACAGCUGGCUGCUGGCAGGGCCUCCUGGUAACCAGUAUCUGGAGCAGAGCUUUGAUCAGCUGAGCACUGUGCUGAAGCUGCCCCCUCAGGAGCCCCUCAUGCUCAAAGCCCAACAAAAUGCCCAGUUGGUGGGGAAACGUCUGGAAAGCUGGCUAGACAGCCUUAUGGAGAGGUUUUGGGUUACUGGGGACAUGUGUGCCACUCAGACCUCCUCCUGCAGCACAUUGCCACAAUGUUCUCAAACAACGUGGAGCUCCCUGUCCCCAGACCCCAAAUCUGAACUGGGCCCAGUGAAGAGUGAUGGGCGGAUCAGGUAG